AUGGAAUCAUCUAAAAACUUGGCGAAUCUAUGCUUCGACGUACUUUAUGAUUGUGGCAAAAUGAUUACCAAUCAUAAUUCAAAAAGUGGUGAAGAACCAAGAAUACAGACCACACUUCACCGUCUUAUCAAAGUGUUUAACUGGUGGAAUCAACCCAAUUUUAUUCAGCGAUAUGAAGAUGAUGAUAUCAACUGGAAUAUCCUUAUACAAGAUGUAAACAACCCAGACUCUGUCACGUUGACACUUUGUCUUGAGUUAUCUGAAGAAUUUGAAAGAUUUAAAGCAUUUCUUCGACACGUUAACUUCAACUGGUUUCAUGAUAUUAAAGUACAAAAACUAGACAAUGGUUUCCUAAGUUUUCUGGUCACCAAUCCAGCACCAGUACUAUUACAUAUCUUCCCUCAAGACCCCGCAAAUUUGGAUGAACAUUCCAGAUUUUCAACUUCCAAGUCAUCUAAUGUCGAAACAAUAUCGAAUAUCAUCAGUCUUCUGGUCAAAGACUUUUGUUUGUGUGUACUGAAUGAACCUGAAAAGCUCUCGAGAGAUGCAGAAGAAAAACGUCAAACUAAAGAAACGACAAGAAGUCAAAGUCCUGAUGAGUAUCCUGUACUCCAAAAGAGUGGAAGUGACAUACUGGCCACUAAUUUUUACUAUCAUAAAACACCUUCUGACGUAUUACUAGAGCAAUUUAAACAAGCGUAUAUCUCAGCAUCAAAUGGUAGUCAGAACUCACAGUCUCAAUUUGAAGAAAAUU